AUGAAAAAAACUUCGCCAAUUAAUAUUCAUUUAUCUUCAUUAUUGACGAUUUCAUCGAAAACAUAUGAUAAAUUUUGGUGUGCAACCGAAGAAGGUCAUCAUCAAUUAUCUUGUCCAGAUGAAACAGCGUUAUUAACUGAAGUAACAAUACGUAAAGUUUAUCGUCGUACACAAAUGUGUGCACCUGAUGUACAUUCAGACUAUCUUAUUCAUUGUCAAGAAUUAAUUGAUGGAUCAUUAUGUGAAGGAAAUAAAACAUGUUCAAUUGAAGUAUCUAGUCGAAAUUAUGUACAAUGUGAAGAUAAAGCUUAUGCACCAACAUAUUUUUUUGUGAAAUAUACUUGUACACAAAGUAAAUAUGAAAGAAAAAUAAAUAAUACAAAAGUUGUCUUUUUGUUUUAA